AGAAUACACUACCAGAUGAACAUUUUAAUGAUACGCCUUUUUUUUUUUUUUUUUCAUUUUAGAAAUUUCAUUCAUGGAGUCCAUUAUAGGGCAAGCUCUUGGAACAGCAGGCGAAUAUUUAAAUUGCCACAGAAACUUCCCAAAUGAUGUGCAUGAUCUCAGAAAAAGAGUGGCAGUUCUAAAACGCAGAAGAAAUGAUGUGGAUGAUAGAGUAGCAGAACUACUAAGAGUGGAUGACUUGGAAAAAAAAGUUAAAGAAGAAGUGCAGGGAUGGCUUGAAGAUGCAAGGAAGGUCAUUGAAAUUGAAAUGCCAGAUAUUGAAGAACAGGUGCGGAAUGUUUCAUACUUGUCACGUGGUAACCUUGGGAGACGUGUUCGUCAAAAGAUUCAAGAUGUGAAGGAAAUUUACGAUCGAGGUAGUUUCCCUGAAGGUCUUGUAAUUGAAAGGUCUCCAGCUAUUGGAAUCACUUUGCCAACAGAGAAUAUGGUGGGCGAGGUUAAUGUGAAGGAAAAAAUUUGGGAAUACUUAAUGGGUCACGAGGUUGGAAUUAUUGGAGUUUGUGGAAUUGGUGGAGUUGGCAAAACCACUGUUAUGAAACACAUCCAUAAUCAAUUAGUGAAAGAGGCUAGCAGGUUUGAGAAGGUUGUCUGGGUUACAGUAUCGCAUCCUCUCAAUGUUUUCAGAUUGCAAGAUGAGAUGGCUUCGGAAAUGGAAGAAACGCUUCCAGAUCGGAGGGAUGAAUUGAAUCGGGCAUCAAGACUGAUGAAGGCUAUGAAAAAAGUUAAAUAUGCACUGAUCUUAGAUGAUGUCUGGGAUAAAUUUACUCUUCACAGAAUUGGAAUCCCAGAACCAACAAUGGAAAAUGGGUAUAAGGUUGGGCAAGAUGUUCUACGAAUUCCCAAUUUGGAAGAGAUUUUGAAGCUUAUGGUGGCUGAAUGUGCUGGUUUGCCAUUGGCCAUUGUUGUCAUUGCGGGGAGCAUGAGAGGAGUACAAGAUAUUUCUGAGUGGAGAGAUGCAUUACGUGAAUUGCAUCAGUGUGUGGUGGGCACAGAGAAAGAUUCAGAAGAUGAGAUAUUUAAUCGUUUGAAGUUCAGUUAUGACCGUCUACCAAAAAAUUCAAGCUACCAGGAGUGUUUCUUAUAUUGCUCAUUGUAUCCGGAAGAUUGGAAUAUUAGAAGAAAUGAUCUAAUUGAAAACUGGAUUUGUGAGGGAAUUGUUGGAAAAUUAAGAAGCAGAAGAGAAAUGCAUGAUAAAGGAAAUGCUAUUUUAAAUAGGCUUUUAAACUGUUGUUUGUUAGAGGAAGCCAAUGAAAAGGCAUGUGUUAAGAUGCAUGAUGUUGUGAGGGACAUGGCAUUGCGCAUCAAGAGCACGGGUCCUGGUAGGUUUAUGGUAAAAGCUGGAAUGAGAUUGACAGAGAUACCGGAUGAGGAUGAAUGGAAUGAAGAUCUAGACAAGGUCUCCCUCAUGAAAAAUGAAAUAUCAUAUAUCCCUCAAAAUAUGUCCCCCAAAUGCUUGAUGCUCUCAACCUUGAUUUUGGAGGGUAAUAAAGGAUUGAGACAAAUUUCAGAGUGUUUUUUUGCUAACAUGCCCCUGUUGAAGUUUCUUGAUCUUUCUAGAACUGGCAUUGAGGUUCUACCUAAUUCCAUAUGUAACUUGGAAAAUCUCACUGCACUGAUCCUCUGUGGAUGUGAGCGUUUAAAACGCAUGCCUUCCUUGUCAAAGCUUAAAGCACUGAAGAAGCUGGAUUUGGAUGGAGCAGGCCUUUGUGAGGCUCCUGAAGGCAUUGAAAUGUUAGAAAAUCUGGAAUAUCUUGAUUUAUUUUGUCCAAACCUGCGGGUGCCAGUGCCACCAAGAGGAAAAAUCAGUAAGCUCUUCCGCCUCCAAUACCUAUGUAAACAUCCGAUUUUUCCAACUGAAAUAAGAGGAGAAGAAGUAGCAGGAUUGAAGAAGCUGGAAUGGUUUGAAGGUAGCUUUGAUUGUGUGAAAGACUACAGCAGUUUUGUUAGCAAGUUGAACCAUUUUGGAAGACCCAGUCAUUACUUUAUCAAAGUGGGAGGCGCAAGCAUAGAUAAGGAGGGGCAUUUUUGGAAGUUCAACAAUAAUGAUCUUCCUAAACAGGUAAUUUUAUUCAGAUGCGAGAUAGGAGAAGAUGAUGAGUUGGUCCUUCCAGAUGACCUUCAGGAUUUGAGGAUUGAAUCCUGCAAUGCGGCCGGUGAUAUUUCUAUUUUUCAGAAAGAUCCUACUCAAUUGCGAACUUGUGAUUUGAAAUACUGCCAAGGGAUAGAUGUUGUGAAAGUGGAAAAAACAAGAGCAUCGCUUGCACCAACAAUAUCCCCUCACAUCUUUUCCAAUCUUAAACAGCUGAGGGUAUACGAUUGUUCAAAAUUGAAGAAGCUUUUUCCAUGUGAGCUGCUGCAGGGUCAGGGCCUCCAAAACUUGGAGCUGAUUGAGGUGACUAAGUGUGGGGGGAUGGAGGAAAUAAUAGGAUGGGAAGAAGAAGAGGAAGGGGAUGUUGUGAAAGUGGAAAAAACAAGAGCAUCGCUUGCACGAACAAUAUCCCCUCACAUCUUUUCCAAUCUUAAACAGCUGAGGGUAUGCUAUUGUACAAAAUUGAAGAAGCUUUUUCCAUUUGAGCUGCUGCAGGGUCAGAGCCUCCAAAACUUGGAGUGGAUUGAGGUGACUAAUUGUGUGGGGAUGGAGGAAAUAAUAAGAUGGGAAGAAGAAGAGGAAGGAAAUCAAACAACUACUCCAAUAUCGAUCACUCUUCCAAAAUUAAGUAUAUUGGAGUUGCAAUUCCUACCAGAAUUGAAGAGAAUCUGCCCCGAAAGAAGAGUAAUGGUUUGUGAAUCUCUCAAUAACAUCACAAUAUCGACCUGUUUGAAGGUAAAGAGGAUUCCCCUUUGUCUUGGAAGGGAAAAUGCGCAACGAUCUUUUCCUGCUGUCAAAGAUAUCUUUAUUUUCAAUCCAAAAGAAUGGUGGGAAUCGUUGGAGUGGGAGAAUCCUGACGAUAAGUUUGUCCUCCUACGUUUCCUCGAAUAUAAUGAGCUCGACUCGGGCCCUUGGGUAUCUAUUAACUAUAAAUUUGCUAAGCAUUUCGAUCACCAUGCAGCGUUUUUGCAGCCACUCAUUGAAUAUCAAUCUGGUCAAUCUAUGUCCACUUUCUAAUUCCCAGUCCAGAAGCCAAUAAUCUGAUUUUUGUGGAAUCCCUAGCUAGAGUUGUGUUUUAAACCAAUAUUCCUUCUGCUGUCACCAAGUUUGUGGGUUUAUUUGACAGGAGAGAGUUUCUCUCGGACUUAGCUGACAGUGCCCAUAAUUUCCUAUUGAACUGCUUCAGAUAUCCACAAACAAAACCCAAGAUUUUUUCAUGUAAGGAGAGGGUUUUGCAGGCAGUUAUGUUUUGGGGUUCCCUUUCAUUCUUGCACAUAUGGUUAUGUAAAUGCUCUGUAACUCAUUCCUUAAUCUUGCAGGCCACUAUGUACCACAACUUGUGGAGCAGGGUUUGUCUAUGAUCAACACAAGGACAUACAAAUAUACAUUAAUCAUCUCA